ACAAAGAUUACCAAUUAAUGGGGUUUCUAAAUUGGGUUCCAUCCCACACAUACACACACAAAUUUUUUAUUUUUUUUCUUUGGGUAAGUAAAAUAUGGUCAAACAAGUGCGAUACUUGUUUAAUUGCAAAAGGGUAUGGGGCUAUGGGCAUUAUUAUUGCAUAUGCCAUGUUUGAACUUUGAACAGAGAAUACAAUAGAAUAAGAGAUAAUACAGAGCAGCAGCAGCAGAGAAAGAGGACUUACAGAAGUGAGUGGACUUUCUUAGUUGCAGCAAAUUACGGCUGUCGUCUCUUCUUCCUCCUUUCUCCUCCUCCUUCAACCCUCAUUAACUACACGUUGCGUUCGCGUUCGCGUUCGCGUUCGCGUUCCCUUCUGAGGAAUCCUCUCUCUCUCUCUCCCUCUCUCCCUCUCUCCCUCUCUCCCUCUCUCGAGGUUCCUCCGUAUCUACUCUCUCGUCUUCCUCCUACUACAGGUCUCCCUAUCAGCUCAGCUCUGCUCCUGAGAUCUACCACUUCAUAUCGUCAUCGCGAAGCAGCAGCUUUGGGUCUGGUUUGAUUGGCUAGUAAUACAGAUGUACCAGCAAAUGGAUUCUGAGCACCAACGCCGCAAGCGAAAGCACUUCCCAAGAUCUCAUCUUUUGUCCUCCUCACUCUCCUGCCACUAUCCUGUCUCCGUCUAUCCCGUCCUCCUCCUCUUCUGCUGUUUCGUCUUCCUCCUCGAUGGCUUCUCCACCACCGGCUCAUCUCCCUUCGGCCCUGUUCUGAUUAUCUCUAGCUUGCCUCUACUGUCGUCUUCAGCAUCGGACGCGAGCAAUUCCAUCUUAGAUUCUGCCAAUUAUGAUGAUGGGGGGCCAUUGCCAUUCAUUGUUGAGGAUCGGGUCUUGUUCCCUGACCAUGUUUUGCUGGUAGUGUCUAAGAGGACGACAAUGAUGACCAGCGGUCUUUCUCUGUUGCAUCGGAACACGGCGUUGAAUUGUGUCUACCAUCCUCUGCCCUCCAUUAACACCAACAAAUCGAAUGAGUUAGGUAACGAGAGCCCCCGCAGCAUCUCACUUUCCCUUCUAUCUGCGGACGAAUUCGAUAGUUACAGGUCAAUUGUCCGAUGUCCCUCACCUCCGGCUAAUCACUCCACCUGGGUUCUUCUAGAGAGGAGUGGAAUUAGAGAACACCACCGCAGCAGAGAAGAAUUAGAAGAUAAUGCGUUGGUAGGAAUUGGAAGUAAUCGUUCAAUUCAUUCGUGGGAGGCGCCGUUGGUUUACGGUGCAUCUCUGGAUGGAGACACGGCUGUGGUGUUCGUUAAAGGAUUGAAUCUUCGCCCUGACAGAGCUUCCGAUCCAACGCAAUUCGUCUGCCACUUCGGUUGGGGAAAUUGGCAGAGACAUCCCCAGUUCGCUCUCACCACACAGGCCAUUACUGCUGCACAGGAAGUAAUCCGGUGCUCUCUCCCUAUUAGCAUUCGAAACAAUCCCACUAGAGCUAAUGGAAUCCGAGUCACCAUUGGUGCAGCUUCACUGGGAACAUCAGGCCGAGUGAGGAGGACUACUCCCCUUUAUAUUCCCCUUCCUUCCGUCGCUAAGAUCAUCGAUUCCACCACCACCACUGCUGAAGCUCAAGAGGAGAGCAAAGGUAAGGAAGAGAAGAAGUAUGAGCUAUGUGUGUGCACUAUGGUUUGGAACCAAGCCUCCUCCCUGCGCGAAUGGAUCACCUACCAUGCCUGGCUAGGAGUUGAGCGCUGGUUCAUCUAUGACAACAACAGCAAUGACGACAUCAAGCAAGUGAUCGACGAACUCGAUCAAGAGAACUACAAAGUUAGCAGACACGUCUGGCCUUGGCUGAAGACCCAGGAAGCUGGUUUCUCCCACUGCACCAUUAGGGCAAAGGCCGAAUGCAAUUGGGUAGGAUUCAUGGAUGUUGAUGAGUUCUUCUACUUACCUGUUCCCUCUACCAAUAGCUUGGGAUACCCAGGUCGAGAUUCCCUCAAAUCCCUUGUUUCAAAUUUCUCCUCAACAACCAUUGGUGAGAUCAGGACAGCAUGCCACAGCUUUGGACCGUCAGGGCUAAGAACGCCUCCUUCUCAGGGAGUGACGUUGGGGUAUACCUGCCGGCUUCAGAGCCCUGAGAGGCACAAAUCCAUUAUACGCCCCAAUGCUCUCGAUGACACACUACUCAAUGUGGUUCACCAUUUCCGGCUAAAGACAGGAUACACUUCCCUAAACCUGCCUCAGAGUACAGCCAUCAUAAACCACUACAAGUACCAAGUAUGGGAAGCAUUCAAGGCCAAGUUCUUUCGAAGGGUUGCCACUUACGUCGCCGAUUGGCAAGAGAACCAGAAUGAGGGAUCAAAGGACAGGGCUCCUGGGCUUGGGACUGAGGCCAUCGAACCACCCAAUUGGCACCUUCAGUUCUGCGAGGUAUGGGACACAGGGCUUAGGGACUUCGUCAUGGCCAACCUGGCUGAUCCUGCAAAUGGGGUAUUGCCCUGGAGGAGCUCUCUUCAGUGACAAACAUCUUUGUUGGCCUAUGUACAAUGAAUCACUUGUAGAACCACACCCAUUCUUUAUUUCCAUAUAUCUAUAUAUAUAUAUAUUUUUUUCAGCUUUUGUUCCUGAUUUUUUGUUUUGCCUGACACAGAGAAUUACAGGGUUUUACAUUAUUGUAAUUUUGUGAGGACAUGACUACAUGACACGAUUGGAUUUUUCUCAUACUAAACCGAUGAAUUUCAUUAAUUCAUUCUCGAUUUCUCCUGUUCUUUCAGUUGAUGCAGUGAUCUGAUUAUGUGAGUUUACCUGGGUCUCUACUUGUUUCCAUGUAAAAACGCGCAAAAAGGGGGGAAAAUCCUCAUAAGAAUUUCUGCUGUUUUUGUUUGUUUU